CCUAUUCCCUAUAUAGUGCACUACUUCAGACCAGAGCCCUAUGGAACCCUAUUCCCUAUAUAGUGCACUACUUCAGACCAGAGCCCUAUGGAACCCUAUUCCCUAUAUAGUGCACUACUUCAGACCAGAGCCCUAUGCCUCCCUAUUGACCCGGGGGCACUAUUAGGGAAUAGAGUGCCAUUUUGAGGUGUAUUCCCUUAUCCGUAAUAUCCCUACUCUGCUCAGAGACAUUUUUGGGAUUUACGAAUAUGGGAUUAUUUAAAAGAUAAAUCCAUUGCAAAAUUAUUUAACAGUCCAAUGCAGCUGUUUUUUUUUUAUUUAUUUCAAUAUCAAAUAAUAUCUGGGUAAUAAUUAAGUACCUUACUGGGAUUGUUGUCAAUUAAAAUGGUCACAAAGAAGGAACAAAUGCAUUGUUAGCAAAGGGCAAGGUUUUAGCUAGGGCUGUCUGGGAGUGGUCUGAGUGGGGAGGGGGGAAACAGAAAACUAGCUGUUAUUGGCAGAGAGGUUUGGAACUCUUUCUUAUUGGUUUAUUAACUAAUUUACUGCCUGGUGACCAUGGAAGGACAAAACUCAAUCUCAACAGAAGAGGUUUACAUUUCAGCCGGUCUUUUCAAACCGCUCUUACCAUUUAAAGAGCACUAUCAUCAUUUCACAGUAUUAUUCCAACCUCAUAGUGUGGAAAUGUAGAUAAAACACAGGAAAUUACGUUUUUGACUGGGCCUUUAUUCUUUUAAUAUUUUUGACAUAUUACAUUUUGGUUAAAUUAUUUGUAAUUAUUUCAGAUGUUAUCUAAUUUAUGACGUUGGGCUGUAAGAGAGCGAGGGAUGUCGUUGUUACUCAGUGCCUGUGUUUUUUGGCACAUUUUCUACUAGCCCAGUCUGAAAAUUAGGGUCAUUUAACUUCCUUCCCUGAGCUUCCAUUUUAGCUGUGGGACUGAAUACUGUGUAACCUACUUGCUAAAUCAAACAUUUGUACUAUGGGUCUAUUGAUAUUUCAGCCUAUAAUGUUACCAUAGAGAAUCACACUAAUAUUUUCUAACUAAUUUAUGUAGAUUGAAAGAAAAAAUAUAUAAUCUUUAUCACUGACAAAUUAAUAAUUUUAUUAAGAAAAUACAAAUUGCAUAAUUUUUGGGGGAAAUAUUGAAACCUUUAAUAUAUGACUUAUAGAGAUGCCUAUUGCUUUAUAGCAUUGUGAAGGAUUUUUCACCAGUUAGAUUGUUUUGGACUAUGAAAUUACGCUAAAAUGAAUUUAGAAAAUAUCCAUAUGAUUGUACUCUAAAUAGUCUGGUUGUGACUGAAAUCACAUUCUAUUGUAAAUGAAAUGAUCAAACGUCAAGGUUUUGUGGCGAGGAAAAAAAAAAUCUAUAUUAUGCAAAAAAGCCUGAGGUACAUAUCUCAUCCUACAGCUGUUAUACGGCCAGCCUAUAGCGAGCCAAGGCUCCUAUAGACCAGGGGUAUUCAACUCUUACCCUUUGGUAAGGUACAUAUCUCAUCCUACAGCUGUUAUACGGCCAGCCUAUAGCGAGCCAAGGCUCCUAUAGACCAGGGGUAUUCAACUCUUACCCUUUGGUAAGGUACAUAUCUCAUCCUACAGCUGUUAUACGGCCAGCCUAUAGCGAGCCAAGGCUCCUAUAGACCAGGGGUAUUCAACUCUUACCCUUUGGUAAGGUACAUAUCUCAUCCUACAGCUGUUAUACGGCCAGCCUAUAGCGAGCCAAGGCUCCUAUAGACCAGGGGUAUUCAACUCUUACCCUUUGGUAAGGUACAUAUCUCAUCCUACAGCUGUUAUACGGCCAGCCUAUAGCGAGCCAAGGCUCCUAUAGACCAGGGGUAUUCAACUCUUACCCUUUGACGUCCAGAGCCCUGCUGGUUUUCUGUUCUACCGGAUAAUUGUACACACCUCGUGUCCCAGGUCUAAAUCAGUCCCUGAUUUUUAGAGGGGAACAAUGGAAAAAGGCAGUGGAUCUGGCUUGGAGGUCCUGAGUUGAGUUUGAGGGUUGUAGGAGUUAUGCACGAUGCUCCCAUUCAUACUGUCUACAUGUUAUCUGAUUGUUCUAUACAGUGAACAAUGUAUUCUUCUGCUAUCUGCCUUAAUUUGCUGACUUUUAUAAAUCCUCCUGAUAGGGGUUUCUAUGGGUUGAGAACACCUGAUGGGGUUUUCUAUGGGUUGAGAACACUUGAUGGGGGUUUCUAUGGGUUGAGAACACCUGAUGGGGGUUUCUAUGGGUUGAGAACACCUGAUGGGGGUUUCUAUGGGUUGAGAACACCUGAUGGGGGUUUCUAUGGGUUGAGAUCACCUGAUGGGGUUUUCUAUGGGUUGAGAUCACCUGAUGGGGUUUUCUAUGGGUUGAGAUCACCUGAUGGGGUUUUCUAUGGGUUGAGAUCACCUGAUGGGGUUUUCUAUGGGUUGAGAACACCUGAUGGGGUUUUCUAUGGGUUGGGAUCACCUGAUGGGGUUUUCUAUGGGUUGGGAUCACCUGAUGGGGUUUUCUAUGGGUUGAGAACACCUGAUGGGGUUUUCUAUGGGUUGAGAACACCUGAUGGGGUUUUCUAUGGGUUUAGAUCACCUGAUGGGGUUUUCUAUGGGUUGAGAUCACCUGAUGGGGUUUUCUAUGGGUUGAGAUCACCUGAUGGGGGUUUCUAUGGGUUGGGAUCACCUGAUGGGGUUUUCUAUGGGUUGAGAACACCUGAUGGGGUUUUCUAUGGGUUGAGAACACCUGAUGGGGUUUUCUAUGGGUUUAGAUCACCUGAUGGGGUUUUCUAUGGGUUGAGAACACCUGAUGGGGUUUUCUAUGGGUUGGGAUCACCUGAUGGGGUUUUCUAUGGGUUGAGAACACCUGAUGGGGUUUUCUAUGGGUUGAGAACACCUGAUGGGGUUUUCUAUGGGUUGAGAACACCUGAUGGGGGUUUCUAUGGGUUGAGAUCACCUGAUGGGGGUUUCUAUGGGUUGAGAUCACCUGAUGGGGGUUUCUAUGGGUUGAGAUCACCUGAUGGGGGUUUCUAUGGGUUGAGAACACCUGAUGGGGGUUUCUAUGGGUUGAGAUCACCUGAUGGGGUUUUCUAUGGGUUGAGAACACCUGAUGGGGUUUUCUAUGGGUUGAGAACACCUGAUGGGGGUUUCUAUGGGUUGAGAUCACCUGAUGGGGGUUUCUAUGGGUUGAGAUCACCUGAUGGGGGUUUCUAUGGGUUGAGAUCACCUGAUGGGGUUUUCUAUGGGUUGAGAACACCUGAUGGGGUUUUCUAUGGGUUGGGAUCACCUGAUGGGGUUUUCUAUGGGUUGAGAACACCUGAUGGGGGUUUCUAUGGGUUGAGAACACCUGAUGGGGUUUUCUAUGGGUUGAGAUCACCUGAUGGGGUUUUCUAUGGGUUGAGAACACCUGAUGGGGUUUUCUAUGGGUUGAGAUCACCUGAUGGGGUUUUCUAUGGGUUGAGAACACCUGAUAGGGUUUUAUAUUCCCACCAAUAGGACAUCUGAGCCUCUCUGGUGUAAAUGCACCAUUGUCAAUGAAGACAUGGCAACAAUGGGUAAUUGUUAACGUAAACUACCAUGUUUUUUUUUAAUUACAAUAUGUGUGUUUUGUUGUACAUAUUUUCUGCUUGAAUGGUACUGCAGAGCAAACCAAACUGCUUUAUUGUUUUCUCAUUGUCAUUCUUUAACUGACCGUUAAAGUCCUUUUUGACAGUUUGUCCCUUCAAAAUAAAAAUAAACAUUUUAUUUCUUAAA